AGGACCCCUGUUGUUUUGGUUUUGUAGUAGUGAGUAGUUCAAUUCCCGCCUGCGCAAAAUUCCGCUGUCUCGCGCGUGCGGAGCAAGUGCGAUCUCGCGACCCUCAAAUCGCUGCUGGGGAAGCGCGUUUUAGGCACUUCGCUUUUCAGCACAUUGUUUUCUCUGCUUGAGUGUGGGAUAUGGAUCAGCGGAAAGUGUCGGAGUUAAAGGCCUUUGUGCAGCUGUGCAAUGAUAAUCCGUCUGUGCUGCAUCUGCCAGAGAUGGGCUUCUUUAAGAGCUGGCUGCAGGGAAUGGGAGCAGACAUACCAUCACCAACAAAGAAUGACAGCUCAUCAUGCAAGGGGAGCUGUCCAUGUGAUGGGGGCCCCAAAGCAGCGCCAGAACCCGAACCUGCCCCGCCAUCUGAGAGCGCAGAGAGUGAGUUAGAAAUCGACAAUGAAGGAGUGAUUGAGCCCGACACAGAUGUUCCUCAGGAGAUGGGCGAUUAUGAGAACCUGGAGGUCACAGAUGAGAUGAUGGACCAGGCCAAUGAGAAGAAGACUGAGGCUAUUGGAGUGUUAGGAGAUGGUGACCUACAGAAAGCUCUAGACCUCUUCACAGAAGCCAUCAAACUCAACCCGAAACUGGCCAUUCUGUAUGCCAAAAGAGCCAGCGUAUAUGUGAAAAUGCAGAAGCCCAACGCUGCCAUCAGAGACUGUGACCGAGCUAUCAGCAUCAACCCAGACUCAGCCCAGCCUUAUAAGUGGAGGGGGAAGGCACACAAGUUGCUCGGUCUCUGGGAGGAGGCCGCUCGAGACUUGGCGAUGGCCUGUAAGCUGGACUAUGAUGAAGAGGCCAGUGCCAUGCUAAAAGAAGUCCAACCAAAGGCCAGCAAAAUUGUUGAGCACCGGCGCAAAUAUGAACGCAAGCGUGAAGAACGAGAGAUCAGAGCACGGCAAGAACGAGUGAAGAAAGCAAGGGAGGAGCACGAGAGAGCACAAAGGGAAGAGGAAGCCAGACAACAGGCUGGAGGGGCACGUGGAGGAUUCCCAGGAUUCCCAGGUGGUGCUGGUUUCCCAGGUGGAGCUCCUCCGUUUGGAAUGCCUGGACUUAAUGAGCUAUUCAAUGACCCAGAGGUUCUCAUGGCCAUGCAGGACCCAGAGGUGAUGGCAGCAUUCCAGGAUGUGGCGCAGAACCCCGCCAACAUCUCCAAGUACCAGAGCAACCCCAAAAUCAUGGCCCUGAUCAACAAACUCAGCUCCAAGUUUGGCGGCCAGCAGCCCUAAAAAGGGCUGAAAGAGUUCAUGUCCAGUUCCAAUACUCUGCUGUAGCUUUUUCUCACUGGGUUUCUUGCCAUAAAUUACUGACAGCACUUAGCUUAUGAGCCACGUGAGAUACUGAUUUUAGACGAGUCUUUGCUGAUGAAAGAGGAAGAAACUAUGAAAGAGUAUCGGAACAAGACCAGAGAUGUGAUGCAUUUUGGGGGGGUGGGUGUAUUCGCUUGAGUGACGCAUGAACUAAGACUUGGGUUUAUUACUUUAAAGUUUUGUUGGGGACAAACUAUAUUGUGGGCUUCACUGAGGCGGACACAUUUAGCACUUACGAUCCUGGUCUCUUCUCCAGAAUAUCAGGGGGUUUGGAUUUGAGAGCCUAUUCUAGCUGACAGUCGCUGCAUUGACAAACUGGAUUUAACAAAUGUGUCCAUUCAGCAGCCAAUCAUUCCAGGGAUAUAGUCUUAAUUAUAAUCACCUUCAUCCAUUCAGUAUGCUACAUGGCUUGUUUGUGCUCUUAUCCAGCGGGAUCCGGAUCAAAACGGGGUCUAGAUUAUAUUUAUACAUGUGAAUACAUAUUCCCUGUCCAGAGCAAUCAAUCACUUACUGUUUAGAUUUCAUGGGUGUUUCUUUUAAAGGUUUUUGAUUAAUGUUUUUUUUUUUUUUUUGCUCUCCUCACCCUCAGUGUAACCUAACAUUGUUUUCUGUCUCUCAUAAAUUCAGAAAAAGUGAAAAUUCAAUCAUGAACAACUUUCUUAUUGUGACAAAUUUGCAUCUUAUAUGGAUUUUAUCAUUUAAUUCAAUAAACAUUUUACUUGUCACAAACAUAA